CACAUCUCACCAAAGUAGUCACACCAGGCAUUCCUCAUGCACACACACACACUGUGCAUCAGUUGAGCAGAAUUCCUCGCGCUCAGCCAGCGUGAACUUGAUGUUGGAGAUGAUGGAGCGAACGGACUUCAGUGUGUGAUUGUUGCCGUCGUGCUGUGUGUGAUUUAACAUCAGAAACCUGCACCCUGUAAUCACAGCUCCUUCGUGAUCGUUGUGGUGAUUUGGGUUCUAUGUUUAGUAAGGUCAUGAAUGUGGUGUUUUAUUGUAGGCGUGGAGAUUUUGGGAGUACAUUGUGUGAGAAAUCCGUUAGUGAAGGACGGCGUACUGUAGUUACAAUUUAAUAGUCAGGUGCAACAGUUUUUGAACUUUUUGUAUUUUGAGCAACUGAUUAAUGUAGAUUCACAACAACACAACAAUUUUUACGAGGUUUGAUGACGAUAAAACACAAAGUAUAAUGUGUGUGUGUGUGUGUGUGUGUGUGUGUGUGUGUGUGUGUGUGUGUGUGUGUGUGUUGUGUCAUUAAUUUCACUGCCGGAAGUCCGUUAGAGGUUUUUAUCCCAAAUACCAUCAGAUUGAGUCAUGAACGUGUAGCAGGUUAGCUUUAUGUGGCUCUAAGUAGUUUUUCACUGUAAAACACCUGGAACUAAUGACUUUUUUUAAAUGAAAUAUACAAACCAUAUUUAUUUGAAUGAGUUUGUAUUUGAUUUCAACUCAUUAUUCUUUUUAAAUAUGCAGAAAUAUUAUCACUCAUAAUAAUUAGUGUAAUAUAAUUAGAGAUACAGGACCUGUUACCAAACUUGCAGACAACAAACCUUUAGCAAGUUAAUUUAAUAACUCUGUGAAUGUAAACUGUCAAAACCUGAAAUAAGAUGUUAAAUGACUUUGUCCGAUUACAGGAUUCAAACAAGAUUUCUUUGUUGUCCUAGUUUGAAUCAGCGAGGAGGAUCAUAUUACAUCUGAACGCCACACACACACAAACACACACACGUCACCUGGUUUCUCAACUUUUACACAAAACAAAUCUUUAGUUGGCACAGGUCAUUGUGUCCAAAUGGAGGAUGAAAGGCAUCUGAAUACAACGGUAUUUGUAUCAAAUAUCAAGCGUUUGUUCAAUUGAGAGCUUCCCCUCGGUCUCGCUGAGCAGGUGAACAGCACCUCUGUGUGGUGGCUUCAGGAAGCCUUCUUUAACCUUUUACACUGUGUUUGAAAAACAACCAUGUUAAAAAAAAAAAAGCCAUUAUCUUUUCAUUUGUCACAGCCGCGAGUCUCCAGCCCCCCCCCUCCGGAGCGACGAUGGCCGAGAGCCCGCACUGCUUCUACUGCCGAGAGGACCUCGGGGGGAAGAGGUUCGUCCGCAACGAAGGCCGGCCGGUGUGCGUCCGCUGCCACACCAAGUUCUGCGCCAACUCCUGCGCCGAGUGCCGUCGGCCGAUCCCCGUGGAAUCCAAGGAGCUCAGUCAUAAGGGCCGGUUCUGGCACGAGGAGUGUUUCCGCUGCGCAAAGUGUUACAAGCCUCUGGCCAAGGAGCCCUUCAGCACCAAAGACGACCGUAUCAUGUGUGGGAAGUGCUGCUCCAGAGAGGACGCGCCGCGCUGCCACGGCUGCUACAAAGCCAUACCGGCUGGUACAGAGAGUGUGGAAUACAAAGGGAACUCGUGGCACGACGAAUGCUUCACCUGUUUCGGCUGUAAGCGACCGAUCGGAUCGCUGAGUUUCCUGUCCAAAGGGAGUGACGUCUACUGCAACCCCUGCUAUGACAAGAAGUUCGCCAAACUCUGCGUCUGCUGCAAAAAGGCUAUAACAUCUGGAGGAGUGAACUACCAGGACCAGCCGUGGCACGUACACUGUUUUGUGUGCAGUUCCUGUUCGAAACCUCUGGCAGGCUCCAGUUUCACCAAACACGAGGACCAGGUCUUCUGUGUCGACUGCUACAAGAGCUCCGUGGCGAAGAAGUGCAGCGGCUGCCAAAACCCCAUCACAGGUUUUGGUAAAGGAGUGAACGUGGUGAAAUAUGAAGGCAGCUCCUGGCAUGAAUACUGCUUCAACUGUAAGAAGUGCUCCCUCAGUCUGUCCAACAAGCGUUUCGUAGCCAAUGGAAAAGAAAUCCUCUGCUCCGACUGUGGCAACAAGUAGAGCGGGAGAGAGUCGCUCAUUUCUUAACAACGGUUUAUACCGUCUCUUGUUUUCUUUAUCUUUGCAAUAAGGUCACAGUCUUCAUUUCAAUAUUCUCUUAAUUCCUAAAAGGACGUUUUGGGAGACAAAAUGAUAAAAAUUAUAAAAAUACUGUCCAAGAUGUUAUUUGAGUCAUUUGUUUUUGUCCGAACACUUAAACAUUCACGCCGCAGUGACGGUACGACGAGCUUCGUCUUCUAAAGCUAAAAUAGUAUGUUGCUACGUGUAACUUUGUUUUGGAGGCUUGUGACAUAAAAACAUAAAACAUAAUACACAUAUAUAAAAAAAGUGAAUGCUAAUGUUAGCAUACGGCAAAAGUAUCAUCUCUGAAAAUAAUGGCUUAUUUAAUGGCUUUAAUAGCUACUUGCUUUUUUAUUUUUGAAGGGGGAAACUUUGAUGUGACCGAAAACAAUGUUUCUUUUGUAAUUGCUCAGUCAUUUCUAAGGGAUUGCUAUGCUUCUUUUAUGUUUUGAGCAAAUAAACCUUUUUUGCACCUUUUUAAUACGUUCUCCAAGAAAGAAAAGGACAUUUGUCCAUGUGAUUGGAAUAUAUUAAAUAUAGUCCCUGGUCUAAAAUAAAGCUCAUACAAAAGUGA